AUGGAUUGGAGAAAUCUGUUUGGAUGCUCAGCUGGACAAGAUUUGGAAUUUUUCCCUCCUUCAAACCGAGAAGGGAUCCCUAAGGUCCAACUUCCAUCUGAUGUCUUUGAAGCCGGAAUUUCAGAAUGGAAGCUCUCUCUCGUCGGGCAAUUUCUAGGGGCUUCACCAAAUUUCGUUUCUGCAAAAGAUCACUGCCAAAUUAUGGAAAACUGCUCUACAAGGUUCUCAAGUUCAGCUGCUAGAGACUGUGUCUUAGAAAACGGACCUUGGCACAUUAUCAACAAGCCAUUGAUUCUCAGAAAAUGGAAACCAAACCUUAGACGACUCAAUUUCGAUUUAUCAAAAAUUCCAGUUUGGGUUAAACUGUUUAACGUUCCCCUGGAACUCUAUUCACGUAGUGGUUUAAGCUAUAUCGCAAGCGCAAUAGGAGUCCCUCUCUCUAUGGACUCCAUUACAGCUUCAAAAUCAAGACUGGAAUAUGCCAAAGUUUGUGUUGAAAUAGGGGUUAACGAUGAACUCCCAAAAUUCAUAGACGUUGUACUUAGAGAUGGGCAAGCAACUUCUGUUUCUGUUGAUGUACCUUGGAUUCCAUCCUGCUGUAGAAAAUGUAUGGUUUUCGGUCAUAGUGAGAAAGGUUGUCCGGAUAAAACAAAUUCUGCUUCGACCACAAAUCAAGUUUGGAUUAAAAAGGGAGCUUCACAAACAAUCUCAGCAGCCUCGACAGAAGGAAAAACAAAUGCUUCACAUGAACCAGCGAAUACUGUCUCAAGUGUCAAACAGAUGCUUAGCAUACACAAAGGUGUAAAUGGCAAGGAAUCAGUUUAUACAGAAUUUACAAACUCAAACGAUUCUGUUGUUGAAAACACAACCCUUUACGUUUCUACUGCCGAUAAAGAAUCUACUGCAAAUCCGGUUGGUAGCUCCACCAGUGUGCACAAUGGACCUUCUUCUUCGAAUGAAACAACUGAGGCCACUCAUCCUACUGUCCUCAUUAAUUCUGCUGCUGUGAAUGAGUCCACUGCUUCUGAUCCAGCUGUUCCAAAUGAUGAUUGCCAGGACACCAACAUCUCAUCAACUGUUAAACAAGGAAGAGGCAAGCAGACCAAAGACUACUCAAAAGUUGUCCUGGCAGGCUCAAAAAACAGAUAUGCCAUCCUCAAUUCAAUUGAAGAAAAUCCUGCCAUAGAGAGUCAAUCAAGGAAAGUACGCACUGCUGCUUUAGGUGUUAUAACUCUGCUCAACGAACUCAAAAAGAAGAAGAAUGACCACUUAGACAGAUCAAAAAACUCAACAGCAGAAGGUUCUUUUCAAGGAGCUCCUCUGAUUAUUACUGCAACUUAUGGCAGCAACGAUGGAAUUACUCGUAGACUUCUAUGGCAUCAGCUGCGUGAAAUUGAUAACAAGUAUGGCCAUCUCCCUUGGAUAUUAGGAGGGGACUUCAACAUCAUUUUGAAUGCGAAUGAAACCUCUGAUUGUGAGUUACUCGGCCCUAUCUCAUCUCCCAAAAUGAAAGACUUCCUCGAUAUCACACAAGAACUAUCUCUACACGACCAUCCUUACUUUGGUCUUUUGUUCACUUGGAGUAACAAGCAGCAAGAAUCAUUCCUUGCAAGGAAACUUAACAGGGUGCUCAUCAACCCCCUGUGGGCGGCAGAAUUUCAAAAUUCAUUUGUUGAAUUCCUUGCUCCAGGCCCUUCUGAUCACUGUAUGGCUUUAGUUUGGCUCAACAAAGAGGUGCAAGCAAACAGACCCAAACCAUUCAAAUUCUUCAAUUUCUGGACUCUUCACCCUAGCUUCAAUCAUGAGGUUCAACAGUCUUGGCAACAAGCUAUUCAAGGUAAUCCUAUGCAAGUCCUUUUCUACAAGUUAAAACGACUCAAAGGUUGCCUAAAGCGACUUAAUAUAGAUUGCUACAGUGACAUUUCAACCCGAGUCAAGCAAAAGAAAUCAGAGUUGGAAUUGCAGCAAUUAUCAACUUUAAGAGGAGAUGACGCACUCGCUAAGGAGCUUACUCUACAAAAUGAACUUAAAUCUCUCAAAGAAGCCGAGCUUAUGUUCUUAAAACAAAAGGCAAAAGCUCAAUGGUUAAAGGAGGGAGAUAGAUGCACAAAAUUUUUCCACUCCAUUGUUGCUGCAAAAAAUAAACGGGAUACAAUCAGAUUGCUUGUUGAUGAACGAGGAAGUAGACUAGAAUCCUUUGACGAUAUGGCCUCCGAGGUGAUUAAUUAUUUCAAAAGCCUUAUUGGCACUGAAGAUCCCGCUGUAACAAAUUGCGACCCUGAUAUACUAAAAGAUUUAUUGCAAUAUAAAUUGCCAAUUGAAGCUACAUCCGAUCUAGUCAAGGGAGUUUCUACAGAGGAUAUUAAAACUGCAAUUUUCAAUCAAGGAAAUGAUAAAGCUCAGGCCCAGAUGGCUAUACUCCACAUACUUCUUCAAAAAAUGUUGGAAUGUGGUUGA